UUUUGAGAUCUUAGAGAUGCCUGAGCCAGCGAAGUCGGCGCCUGCCCCGAAGAAGGGCUCCAAGAAGGCGGUGACCAAGGCGCAGAAGAAGGACGGCAAGAAGCGCAAGCGCAGCCGCAAGGAGAGCUACUCGGUGUACGUGUACAAGGUGCUCAAGCAGGUGCACCCGGACACGGGCAUCUCGUCCAAGGCCAUGGGCAUCAUGAACUCGUUCGUCAACGACAUCUUCGAGCGCAUCGCGGGCGAGGCGUCGCGCCUGGCGCACUACAACAAGCGCUCCACCAUCACCUCCCGGGAGAUCCAGACGGCCGUCAGGCUGCUGCUGCCCGGGGAGCUGGCCAAGCACGCUGUGUCUGAGGGCACCAAGGCUGUCACCAAGUACACCAGCUCCAAGUAAACUUCCCAAAGUCAAGUACAUGAUGAAGAUUGGAUAAAUCACAGAAGUGAAUCAGUCGAUCUCUUUUUACCAAGAAGAGCAAAUAGCCUUUAGACUUACUUUUCUACCACUGGCUGCUGCUGGACACUGUUUUAUUUCGCAAAUAAACUAAUGAAAAGUGAUAGCUACUGGAAGAUCACUGGUAAAACAAUCAAGAAAGAUCAAUAGGCAAUUGCCUAAAAUAUUGGAUUUUUUCUGAGUAUAAAAAUAAUGUUUUUUGGUAGAAAUUUGUAAAAAGAAACACAUACAAAGAAGAGAAUUAAAAUAAUUCCCCGUGUCUCCUGUUGUUUUUAUACAUAUAUGAGGUAGCUACUCAUAAGAAUAUGAAUGCAUAAUAAUGUAAAUAUAAUCAAUAAAUAUCAUAUAAAUGUAGAUGUCAGGUUGUAAAUAUAUAUUGAUAAUUUUUAGUUAACUAAUCAUGACUAGCAAGAAUGUUUAUGAAUACGUAUUUAUUUUAUGUGUCAUUUGUGUUUUUGACUAAUUUCAUUGACUCCCACUUACAUGUCACAUAUAGGUCAUACAAAUCAUAAUUUUUCAUGUAUUUUC